UCUGGAUAAAGUGACUGAUUUAUAUUGCAAUAUGUCAAACGCAUCCCUCCGGGCCAUCAUGCGGACUUUCGUUAUGAACCGGAGAUUUUAUAUCGCUGAAUAUAUUAACCAACAAUCCAGUUCGCAGAGUGCUCAGGACGCAAAUGGCGGCAAAGCGACGGCUCCUGCAGCCGAAAUGGAAAGAAGUUUGGCGCCUGGUUUGACCGAGACAAACGAGAGCAGUCCGGAUUCUGAAGAAUCAGUAAUUUCGCUGUCUAGAUCGGAGGAGACAAACGAGAGCAGUCCGGAUUCUGAAGAAUCAGUGAUUCCGCCGCCAUCUUCCUCUAUAACCGGAAUUGAAAAUUGUACGAGGAAUCAAAGGUUUCGUGAAAUCAAUCACGGAAAACAGUAACUAAAAUACUUACCAAGGAAACAGUUUACCAAGGAAACACAAAUACGAAAUCGAGACAAUGAUCAAAAACGACAAGCUGAAUGUGAUAUGUUCGAGGUUUCCCGAAUAUUUCCGGAGCCCAAACUCAACGAUUCCUGUGGAGAAUCUGGAUAAAGUGACUGAUUUAUAUUGCAAUAUGUCAAACGCAUCCCUCCGGGCCAUCAUGCGGACUUUCGUUAUGAACCGGAGAUUUUAUAUCGCUGAAUAUAUUAACCAACAAUCCAGUUCGCAGAGUGCUCAGGACGCAAAUGGCGGCAAAGCGACGGCUCCUGCAGCCGAAAUGGAAAGAAGUUUGGCGCCUGGUUUGACCGAGACAAACGAGAGCAGUCCGGAUUCUGAAGAAUCAGUAAUUUCGCUGUCUAGAUCGGAGGAGACAAACGAGAGCAGUCCGGAUUCUGAAGAAUCAGUGAUUCCGCCGCCAUCUUCCUCUAUAACCGGAAUUGAAAAUUGUACGAGGAAUCAAAGGUUUCGUGAAAUCAAUCACGCGAAACCGAAGGGUGGAAAAGAUGUUUUCCAAGAAAAUUACAUGCUGCUGCAUUUAACCCAAAAUACACUGAACUCCUCAAGGCUAUCAAUGCUGACGAACGGUGUUAUGCAGCCAUUUGUGAAGCGGGACGAUUUGAAAAGCCCCAAAAAGUCAGUCUGGAACUGAUAAAGCCGAUUG